UGUCCCCAAUAGAUUCAGCUAGCGGAGGGUGGGCUCCACACCCAUAGGCUGGGCUCAUAUGCACCGGGCGUACCUUAGAUUCUCAAAAUUCACCCCCCACUCUCUCCCUCUGUAGUAAGUACAGAACAGUAAGAAGAGGAGAAGAAACUGCAAUGAGCAGAAAUGAAGCUCGUCGAUCGUCGUCUUCUUCCUCCUCCUCCUUCUUCUUCCCCCGUCCUGGCCACUGUCCUCGAUCAGAAAACGUGAAGAAUGGGAGCGUUCGGUGGCCGAGAUAGCGACGGGAGCGAAAGGAAUGUCGCACCAAUCACAUGCCUUAUGUAGCAUAACACCGCCGCUUUGAGCAAAGGAAUCGAAUCUCGUCUCACAGCUGGCAGAUUUGACUUUUCCCUCCCUUUCUUCUUUCCCCCUUCCCCAGUGGCGUCAGAUUCUUCCUCCUCGACUGGUUUUCGUCUCGCCUUUGCGUGUUUCACUUGACUAAUCCCCUGCUCCGUCCGAAGAACUUUCAUUCGGUAUGAACAGCUGCUUCUUCUAAUUUCUUCCGAAACCUCGACAUGGGUGCUUGACUAGAAGCACUUGCAAUUUGAUGAUUAUGCGUUACUGGGUCAUCAUCUUUUAGCAGCAGAGCAUCUCUAAUUCUGCUUUAUCUUAGCCUGAAUUUCGUUUUCGGUGUUUCGGUCCGAGUCUGUGUCGGCAAGUACGAGAAACGAAUGCCCUGAUGAGAACUGAGAAGUUCGUUAGAAAUGAAAUUAGUGGUUCAUAACUUUAUAUUAUGAUAGCAUGUGAUUUCUGAUUUCAAAUUUAUUGCCUUUGGGACUUUAGAAACAUGCAGGGUGGUCGGUGACGAUCUCUACGUUUGGAAGAUUCGGAGAGCGGUCCUAUGACUGAUCUCUUCGAUGGAUCAUAAAUAUCAAUCGAUAUUUAAGGUGGAGACGAGGAAGCUGCUAUGGCUCCUGGCGAUGUCUCUUGCCGUGGUUCUGUUGGUUCAGUUUAUCGAACUCCCUCACGGGAAUGUCCUGUCUCUCUUGUUUUCUGCGAGCAGGGCUCCGUUCGGGGGAGAUAGGGUUGCUUUGAACAUAGGAGAGUCGUUGACAUCCGCAGCUGGGGUGCUAGAUAAUGCAACCCUUACUAGUGACCUGAACUCCACUAGUGUUCCCUCCGUUGAGGAAAUGUCCGUCGAUAGGCAUUACUUUGAAGGAAACGGCUCAGUCAUGAGUAAUGAAACAUUAUCGGAAAGUGGUACGGGCUCCGACUUGUCUUCUGAAGCGGACGACUACAGCAUAGAGAAUUUUACAUUGGCACAUGAAAUUGUAACGGUUGAUAAAGUCAAUCAGUCUAGUGGUGCAUAUGCAACAGAGGAAGAUGAGGUACCUGAUGCAAUGCUCAAUCCUUCGCAGAGUAUUGAUACUUUUGAUAGUAAUUCCUCAUCGAGCAAGGAGAACAGUCAUUUGCCAUCGGAACACAGGGAUAGCAAAACAAACGACUCCCCUUCCAUCGUGCAUAGAUUAACGCCGACUAGUUCACCACAAAAUUUAACUUCAUUAACGACUGUUGACAGCAAUACAGCGAGUCAUCUUGUAUCUCCGGUUUUUAACACAUCUACCGUGGGGAAGGAACCAGCAUCAGAUUCACUGAAAGAUGAGAACCUACGAGGAGAUCUGUCUCAUUCUGCUGAACGCUCUGGCUCAGGUGCCACACGCAGGGAAGAGAGGCCUCAGACACCAACACCAGCUGUUAUUACAAUAUCAGAGAUGAACCGGUUAUUAGAUGAGAGCCGUUGGGCUUAUCGCUCAAUGAAACCGCGGUGGUCUUCGGCAGCUGACCAAGAAUUAGUGAGGGCAAAACUGAAGAUUUUGAGUGCUCCGAUUGUAACGGAUGAUCCAGCCCUAUAUGCCCCUCUUUAUCGGAAUGUUUCCAUAUUCAAAAGGAGCUAUGAGCUAAUGGAAAAAAUGCUCAGGGUAUACGUUUACAAAGAAGGAGAAAAGCCCGUUCUUCAUCAGCCAGUUCUUAAAGGUAUAUAUGCUUCCGAGGGAUGGUUCAUGAAGCAGAUGAAAGCAAGCAAAAGAUUCGUCACCAAAGAUGCCAGGAAAGCCCACCUCUUUUACUUACCCUUCAGCUCUCGGAUGCUCGAAGAAGCACUUUAUGUCCCUGGAUCCCACAACCAUAGGAAUCUCAUACAAUUCCUCAAGAACUACUUGGAUCUGAUUGGGGCAAAAUACCCUUUCUGGAACCGGACUGGGGGGGCGGAUCAUUUUCUAGUCGCUUGCCAUGAUUGGGCCCCAGCAGAGACAAGGCGAAUAAUGGCGCGGUGCAUAAGGGCCCUCUGCAACUCCGAUGUCAAAGAAGGUUUCGUCUUCGGCAAAGAUGUCUCUCUCCCUGAAACAUUCAUCCGCAAUCCUCAGAGACCUCUCCGUGAACUUGGAGGCAAGCCUCCUUCCAAGAGAUCCAUCCUCACCUUCUUCGCGGGUAACAUGCACGGAUACCUUAGGCCCCUUCUGCUACAACACUGGGGCAAUAACAGAGACCCCAACAUGAGAAUUUUCGGCCAAUUGCCCAAAGUUAAAGGAACAAUGAACUAUGCCCAGCAUAUGAAAAGCAGCAAGUACUGUAUCUGUGCAAAGGGUUACGAAGUUAACAGCCCUCGGGUUGUGGAGGCUAUCUUCUAUGAAUGCAUCCCCGUGAUUAUUUCUGACAACUUCAUACCUCCGUUCUUUGAGAUGCUCAACUGGGAGUCCUUCGCAGUUUUUGUGCUGGAGAAGGAUAUCCCGAACCUGAAGAAGAUACUGCUCUCCAUCCCCGAGAAGAGGUACCGCGAGAUGCAUAUGAGGGUAAAGAAGGUGCAGCAGCAUUUUCUUUGGCACCCGAGGCCCGUGAAGUACGACAUAUUUCAUAUGAUCCUCCACUCUGUUUGGUACAAUAGAGUGCUUCACAUAAAUCCUAGGUAGUCAUACCGACGAAGAAUAUUUCUAGAGCUCGCAUUUCGGGAGAUGGCAUCGAAGGAAAUUGAAUUUGUGCGGGGAGAGAGGUUUAUGUAAAGCUUGCAAAUGUUUGGGGAAGAGUUGAAAGUUUGAUUCAGUAACUUAGGAGGUUCUUUUGUUGUACAUAAGUUGAGGAAUGUACACAAAUUUGAUUUUUUCUUUCUUUUUUCUUCUCUUUGGCAUUUGAUUGUGUCCAUAGAAUACAUUCACAGAAUAAUAAAGGGUGAGGUUCAUAGCUGCUUCGACA